GCAUUUUCCUUUUAAUUUGUUCAUAAAGUAAACCCAUGUAUUGUAGUUUUAACUUAAUAUAUUGCAUUAACUCUUUUAUGAAACUGAUUCUUGCAUUUUCUGUUUUAUGAAACUUGCGUGGACAAUAAUGCAGAAAAUCAUAAAUAAUUGCCAACAAAAGGUUGAGAUUUUUUUAUGAGAGUGAAUUGCUAGGUUGAUAGAAUAGCCUACGGACAACAAUAGUUUCCACAAAAUUGUUUUAUUCAAUACCUCAAAAUCAAGUGCUGUACUGUGAACAUAAACUAGGGGGCGCCUUAGGCCUUUUAUAGGAACUACCCUAAGUACCCAAUCUGGCAUCUUAACUGAAAUAAUAAUAUAUGAAUCUUUUAUACCAUUCUUACCAUUUGAAUAUCAGUCAAUUUGGGGGAAUUUAGUUUUUUUCUUUGCAGUAUGCUUUUAUUGAAGUAUUACUUAAAAUGUUGCUUCAUGCAUGGGGGAAUGCAGGCUUCUGGAAGAAAGUAAAAGUAUGUCCAAGUAAAAUAAUACUCCAAGGUACUUCCCUUUAAUAGGACCCAUCCUGUGUUUUAAGGUCCAGACUCUUAUCUGUCCCUCUUUGGUUAAUGACAGACGGAGAGGGUCUGUCUCCUCAAUCCUCUCUUCAGUGCCUCAGUGUCAGACUGUAGGAAUCAUUCCAAGGCUCAUAGAGGCUGCAUCCCUGCAGGAGAAGCUUCAGUCAGAACCUUCCCAAGGUCUGCCUGGCCAUGGUCAGACUAACAUGUCUGCUGUCUGGAAAUACCUUUCAAUGCCACUGAAAUGCAAGAUAAUAGAGUGUAUAGGCGUGUGGGCAGUCCGAGGGUGACGAUGACUGCCAACAAAAGUUCCAAGGCUGCAACCCGAGCAAGAGGGGCUAAUGUGCCCCGGGACAUCCCCGACAGGUGCCAGUCUGCGUCCCCACCCCCCAUUCUUUCUGCCACACAGGGGCGGUACCACACCCCGCUCAGCGACAGCGAGGACAACAGGCAGCACGUCAGAUACGUCAAAACAGACGGCAGACUCUUGGGCCGGGCCGGCUGGAGCAGCAAGACCGCUAGCCUCUGUAGUGGAGCCUCCCUAUCCUGUGACUUACUGUCCCAGAGCCGACUUACCAAGUCGAAGAGCAUUAGCUGCUUGGACAACAAGCUCUCCAUCUACAAGCCCUCUGGUGGGGCUCAGGUGUGUCAGGAGGCCCAGGGGGGCCAGGAGGAGCAGAAAGAGAACCAGAAACAGGAGGACUUUCCUGGGGGGGGUGGACUGAGUGGUGGUCCACUGAGCUGGAGCACCCUCUCCUUGGGACCUUCAUCCAACCACAGCCACAAGCGCACCCUCUCUCUCAGCCGCCCUGUGUCAGGGGCAUCCUCUGUGGCCAUCCGUAAGAAGAUCUCAGAAUGGGAGUGCAGGAGGGUGGCUCUGCCUAGGAUGAGCCUGUGUCUGGAGAAGAGGCCUGUAGGUGAGCGUGUGGGUGGCAGCGAGGGCUGCCCCAGCCUCCUCUCCUCACCUUGCAGUGAGAAGACCUUUGACUUCAAGAGCAUCCGGAGGAUGAGUAAAGCUUUCUCCGAGUGCUCCUAUCCAGAGACAGAGGAAGAGGAGGCAGCCUCAGACCGUGAGUGUCUGGGCCGCUUCCAGAAGAGGCCAGGAAAGACCGACUCCUCUGCGUUAUUCCUGAGCUCCCUGUCUACUCGGAAGGAAACGUCUGCUGUACUCAAUCGGAUACAAAAGAUUGAGAAGGUGCUGAAGGAGAGCCCCAGCCAGCCACCCCGGUAUCUUAGUAACUGCUAUGCACCAGACAAAACGAGACAGAAGUGUGUUAUGAUAGGUGGGGUCGAGGACUUGGACAGUAGGGGCACCAGUAAACGCAGCAGUAUAUGUUCCGUGGUCACAGAACCAGACGCCCUGCCGGCCUCUGAUAAACUCUCCAGACAGAGGUUUAGUGUGAGCUCAACCCGGUCAGAGACCGAGAGCCCAGAGCCCCCCUGUCAACAGACACCGGAGGGCAUGCCAGUCAACCCCCUGCCCAAACCUAAACGCACCUUUGAGUACGACGCCAACCACAAGGGCACGUCGCCAAGCAACGGACUACCUCCUUGCAGUGCUUCUGAGGAGUCACCACCCCUGCUGCCCACCACCCCCGCACCCAACAUGACGCAAAAUCUGACGAAGGACUGGGGCUCCCCCAAGAGACUCCAGGACAGGGAGUCAUGUGAGUUGGAGGAUGCUGCCAGCCUGGCCUCCUCGUACCCGUCCUCUCACACAGAGAAUGGCACUGUUUCCACAGAGACCCGCAGCAGCAGCCGGCCCAGCUCCAAAAGCACUUUAGAGGAGAACGCCUAUGAGGACAUAGUGGAGAAGGAGAACCCGUACGAGGACGUGGACCCGAAGAGGAGGAGUUUGGGUCGGAAGAACCGCUUGGUACCGGAAAGCAACCGGACCUGGACCUCCCAGAAACUCAACUCACCUCCUCAGCUGCCCUCUAAGCCCAGUAGCCAGUCCCUGUGCCUCUCUGGUCCUACAGACAAGAAGAGUCACCGGGCGUCCCGCCUGUCCAAGCGACACAGCCAUGAUGACAUGCUGCUGCUGCCGCCCCAGCUGGGGGUCUCUCCCUCCUCCUGCUGCCUGCUGGAUGACAGCCUGAGCAGCGCCAGCGACACCCUGGCCUCCCGUAGGCACCGGAGGAUCCCCAAGAUGGUCCAGAGAAUCAACUCCAUUUACUCUACCAAGAGAGGGAAGAAGAGGCUGAAGAAGCUGUCCUUGUCUAAUAUUGAGACGGCAUCUCUGAGAGAUGACAACAGCGAGAGUGAGAGCGAUUCUGAUGACAGGUUCAAAGCCCACACCCAGAGGCUGCUGAAGCUGCAGUCAAUGCUGAGGAGGGCCCCUAGCUACCGCACACUGGAGCUGCAGCUGAUUGAGUGGCAGGAGAGGGAGCUGUUUGAGUACUUUGUGGUGGUGUCCCUCAAGAAAAAGCCCACCAAGAACUCCUUCUCUCCCGAAGUCAGCUACCAGUUCCCCAAGCUAGAGAGGCCCACCAAGCUGAUGAGGGAGGCAGAGCAGAGACUCAAAGCCAUCCCCCAGUUCUGCUUUCCAGAUGCCAAGGACUGGACCCCAGUGUCUGAAUACAGCAGUGAGACCUUCUCGUUCAUGUUGACUGGAGAGGAUGGCAGCAGGAGGUUUGGGUACUGCAGGCGUCUGCUGCCGAGUGGGAAAGGGCCUCGCCUUCCUGAGGUGUACUGCGUCAUCAGCCGACUGGGCUGUUUCCACCUGUUCUCCAAGAUCCUGGAUGAGGUGGAGAGGCGGAGGGGGAUCUCUGCAGCCCUGGUCUACCCCUUCAUGAGGAGUCUGAUGGAGUCACCCUUCCCAGCGCCAGGGAAGACCAUCAAAGUCAAGACCUUCCUGCCUGGAGCAGGGAAUGAGGUCAUUGAGCUGAGGCGGCCCAUGGACUCCAGACUGGAGCAUGUAGACUUUGACAGUCUCUUCAGCUGCCUGAGCGUGCGUCAGGUGGUGCAGGUCUUCGCCUCCCUGCUGCUGGAGCGCAGAGUCAUCUUUGUGGCUGAUAAACUCAGUACCCUGUCCAGCUGUAUGCACGCGGUGGUGGCUCUGCUCUAUCCCUUCUCCUGGCAGCACACCUUCAUCCCCGUCCUGCCUGCCUCCAUGGUGGACAUCGUCUGCUGCCCCACGCCCUUCCUGGUGGGGCUCCUGUCCAGCUCUCUGCCCAAACUCAAAGACCUGCCUGUGGAAGAGGCUUUGAUGGUGGACUUGGGAACUGACCGCUUUCUCAGACAGAUGGAUGAUGAGGCCUCGCUGUUGCCACGGAAACUCCAGUCUGCUCUUGAGCUAGCUCUGGAGCAGAGGAAUGACAUCAUCAAUCAGGACUCUGACAGCGAGUCAGACGAAGAGUGUAACUCCUUGAACAGCCUGGUGUCAGAGGCCUUCAUCCGUUUCUUUCUGGAAACCAUUGGCCACUACUCCCUGUUCCUCACCCAGAGCGAGCGAGGAGAACGCAUUUUCCAGCGCGAGGCCUUCCGCAAGUCUGUGGCCUCCAAGAGCAUCCGUCGCUUCCUGGGGGUCUUCAUGGAGUCCCAAAUGUUUGCUGGGUUCAUCCAAGACCGGGAGCUGCGGAAAUGCCGGGCCAAAGGACUCUUUGAGCAGAGGGUGGAGCAGUACCUGGAAGAGCUACCAGACACAGAGCAGAGUGGAGUGAACAAGUUCCUCAAAGGGCUAGGAAGUAAAAUGAAGUUUCUUCACAAAAAGAACUGAGGAAACCUGCUACUUAAUAACCAAAUACCGGAGCAUGAAAGCUUGUUCUACUGCAAACAGAAGAUCUGAUACACCCAAAACCCUGUAUUUUAUUGACUUGUUCACUUGUUUGUCUAUCAGAAACAUCAAUGAAAUGUCAAAAUGUUGUACAUAUUUCACUGUAAACUGGCUGUGAUACCCUCCAAUGUAGCUUGAUUGUUAGGUGUCUGGUACCUUUUGUGAGGUUAGUUACAGUAGGACGGUACAGAGUGAAUGUGCCUUUGUUUCUGAUUAACCACUGACAUUAAAGCAUGCUUGAGAAGAACAUGAUCAGACUGAGUGAGUGAAUGCAAGCUGAUGUAUGGUGGCUGUACAGUUACUAUGUUUUGUAGUUUAGAUCAUCGUUGUCCUGUCUUUUUGCUGAAUGAGAGCUGUAAAUUCCACACCUGGUUGGGAGGAUUUGUACAUGCAUUAACACAUGAAGAAAAUGAUUGUAAAUGUUUAAAACAUGGAUUGCUUUGUAAAAUUCAGUAAUUAAACAGACUUCAAAUGA